UUUAUCGCAUGACAACUUGUAAACAAUAAUCGGAACUCAUCGGAUUUUUUGUUUUAAAUUAUCUACUUUCACUUUCAUUUCACCAUCUUUGUACAAUGUCGGUGAAUCUCGUUGAACAAGAUAUAUUUACUGAAAAAGAGCCGGAUACACUAAAUCCAGAUGAACGAAAAGGAAAAUUAGAAGAUGAGAACAGUCUAGGAAGAGAUGUGAGGUUUUACCCACCACUAUACAUGCAACGGUAUUCAUAUACUGCAAAUAUCUUGGAAAAGCAUAACGUGGAAUGGGUGGUAGAUUUUGGUUGCUCCGAGUGUGGAAUCGUCAGGUUUUAUAGAGAAGUACCAACCCUGCGAAAGGUGCAGCUGGUUGACAUUGACAGAGAGACGUUAGAAUUCCAUAAAAAUUGCAUCAAACCCCACGCAUCAGAUUACAUAUUCAAGCGGAAGAAUCCACUAAGUAUUGAAAUUUACGAGGGAAGUGCAGUAAAUUUGGAUCAGAGGGUUACAGGAUGUGAUGCUGUCUCCAUGGUUGAGUUCAUAGAACACCUAGUUCCAGACAUUUUAGUAAAGGUUGAAGACGCUGUGUUUGGUCGUCUUCAUCCUUUCCUGGUAAUAGUCACCACCCCAAACUUUGAAUUCAACACCCUCUUUCCAGGAAAGCUCAGAUUUAGACACUUUGACCAUAAAUUUGAGUGGACACGGAAAGAAUUUCAAAAAUGGUGUCAGGAUGUGUGUGACAAAUAUAGGUAUUCCGUGGAAUUCAGUGGCAUUGGCGAUCCUCCAGAAGAAUCGCAGCAGUUAGGAUAUUGUUCCCAGGCAGCCAUUUUUACUUCCUCAUCUCAAUCUAAACCAACAGUGGAUAGUGAUGGCAACUGUUAUUGUUUAGUUGCACAGUCAAUAUUUCCACACAGAGAUAAAGAAUUAUUGUUAUCCCCCGAGGAAAUUCUGAAAUUGGAAGUGACCUUCACUAUAAACUUACUGAAACAGAGCUACCCAGAUAAGUACUCAGACCAGGAACAGGAUGAGGAACAAAUGGAGAUCUCUAUAAAGCAGUUGAUGUUAUUUAGUAAAAUUUCCAAAUUAGUUAAUGCAGACAGAUUAAGAGAGUUUUUACAAGGAAAUGGAUACCAAUUAACAGAGGACCAGACUAAGAUAAUUAUUCCACUGGAAUUGGAGGAUGAAUGUGGCAGUGAUGAAGAAGACGACUAUGAUGCUGAAUGCUUCAAUCAGAAUUUUCAACAGACAGGAAAUAUGCUUACUGAUACCAAUGAUACUGAGGAGAGCUGGGACUAAGGACAAGGAAAUAGGCUUACUGAUACCAAUGAUACUGAGGAGAGCUGGGACUAAGGACAAGGAAAUAGGCUUACUGAUACCAAUGAUGCUGAGGAGAGCUGGGACUAAGGACAAGGAAAUAGGCUUACUGAUACCAAUGAUACUGAGGAGAGCUGGGACUAAGGACAAGGAAAUAGGCUUACUGAUACCAAUGAUACUGAGGAGAGCUGGGACUAAGGACAAGGAAAUAGGCUUACUGAUACCAAUGAUACUGAGGAGAGCUGGGACUAAGGACAAGGAAAUAGGCUUACUGAUACCAAUGAUACUGAGGAGAGCUGGGACUAAGGACAAGGAAAUGUUAAUACAUGUACAUGUAUCUACUGGUAGUCAUUUUUUUAAAUACCUCAGGACCACAUUGUACAGUGCUUUAUGUUCAUGUAUGGGGAUUUUUCUCUCCUUUUUUUUAAAAGCAAUUUUUUUUGCAAUGAUUUUAUAUCUCCAGAAUAGACAUCAUUCAUUUCCUAAGUGUGCUUUAGGAUUUUUUGAUUUAGAUUUUAUUUGGGUUUUUUUUUUUUAUUUGCAAGUGAUUUUUUUCUGGGGUUUGGUGGGUUAAUUCCUCUCUUAUUUUUGUCUUCUUUUUUAAAACCAAAUUAUUUUGUAUUUUCAACCAUAACUUGCAUUUUAAAAAAAUGCUGAAAUAAAUGUAAGAAAUUUGAAAUUCUUAUUAUGUUGUGUUUGGCACAUGUUCUGUUUUAUACAUAUACUAAGCACAUAUAUAAGACAAAUAGCUGUAUAAAAUGAUUGUAAUUUUUUUUUUUUUUUUAGAAGUAAUACAAUUUUCAAUGUUAGAUACAUAUCUUUGUAUGUAUAGUAAUUAGAACCAUUUCAAGACUAGUGAUCUAAAUAAAUACUGAUGGAGUCAA